CCUCGGACAGAAUAACAGAAUGAUAUUCUUACAUUUAGCAUUUAUCGAACAGAACAGCAUUGUUACCAUAGUUACAAACUCCCGCUAAAAAUAUGACAACAAAAUGUUUAAUUUCAGGUGCGUAAAUGACGGCGGUGGCAGCUUUUACUCCUGAUAUUUAUUCCUUUCGAAGUGACUGUACCUUUCUUGUUGUUGGUAUUUCUUUUAGGUAUGGAAACUUCCACAACAAAUUGGGACCAGCUGAUUUAUGAAAAGGGUCAGCAAUGGCAGGAAGCCUUCCAACAGAGAGUGCUGGCCUUGGAACACAACGUUCAGGAGAAAGAGAAAGUCAUCGAACAGCUGCAGCAGAAAUACCUGCAGUUGAAAGAGUCUUUCAGUUACAACCUGCGGUUGAUUGCACAGCGGGACCAGGAGCUGCAACAAUGGGAGAUGCAGGUCAAAGACUUAAGCGCCAAGCUCAAUGCAGCCAAUGCCUUGAAGAGUGACUGGAAAAUUGAGCAGGAAAAAUAUGAAGAACGCUUCAGACGCAUGGAACAGCAAAGAACGGAAGAACAAACGUAUUGGCAGAGACAGUUGCGACAGAGGGAGGAGGAGAUGGAGGUGUUGAGGAGGGGCAAGAUGUGUAAACUGGACGAGGAACGAAGACAUUGUGAGGAAAUGAAGAGAGCAAUGGAAUGGAAUAUGGUGGAAUCACAGGAGACCAUUCUGGAGGAACGCAGACGAAUGGAGCAAGGCUUUGAUGCAGCCUUGAAGAAGCGAGAACAUGAAUUUCGCCUCAAGGUCGAUGAAAUGAAUAACACCCUACGAAUAGAAAACUUACAGCGGCAGAUAGUGUCCAAAGAACUAGAGCAGCUGAAGCAAAGUAUACAAGAGAGGGAGAAAGACUUGCUCAAGACUGAUGCUGAUUUGAAACAGAUGGAGAAAGUUUUGGGUGAAAAAUCACUUCAGAUGUGUGACCAGCUGUCUAUCUAUGAAAACAGGUUGAAAGAGCUCUCUCUUCAGCUGGAGCAGAGUGAGAAAAGCAGGGAGAAACUGCAGCAGGAGCUGGAGCUGAAGUUGAACAAGUGUGACCAGAGGCUACGAUCCAGAACUGAAGAGGUGUCCAAGCUGCAGGCAUGUGUCUGCGAAAAGGACAGAGUUUACAUGUCAGAAGUCAGUGAUCUCCAGAUGCAACUCAACACUGCAAAGUUGCAAUUCUCUGCUGCAACAGAAGAAUUUAGCACCAAGAUGCUGGAGAAAGAUGGAGAAAUUAAGAGCUUGAAGUCAGAACUAGAACAUUCCAGAACCACUGCUAAUGCCGACCAAAACAGACGGCUGCAAAUGAAUGUCGACCGAGAGGUUGAAUUAAAGCAUUUAAAAGAAGAGAACGCCAAGGCAGCUAGCCAUAGGCUGCAACUGGAGAACAUCAUUUCAAGAUACAAGAAGGACCUUGAAUCUGCCCUUGAACGAGAAGGCUCCUGCCAACGUAAGGUGAACCAGCUGUCCCUUGAGUGGCAGAAGAGAGUGGACGAGGUUAAAAGGGCUGACUUUCAACAAUCUGAAUCCUUUAUCGAGAAACUUAGCAAGUCCCGUGAUAAGGCUUUGGCUACAGUAAAAGAGUUUCAGUACCAACUGGAAGAGAGAAAUCACAUUAUAAAGGCUUUAGGGGCUGAUAGGGAAGAGCUCCUCCAAAUCUUGUUGUUGCAUGGAAUACACCUGCCCGAGAACUCAACGUUGCAUCAUCCAUGUAGAACAGAACAUGACAUCAUGGUUGGUGGUGAUAGUGGUGGCGGUGGCGGUCACACGGAAGAGAUGAUGACACAGCUGCAGGAAGAGAACCGCGAGCUGCGGACUGUCGUGACCGCUAUGCGGGAACAGAUGUCCGAACUAGAAAGGAACCCCAUUGUAAAGCACAACACAGACUGUCGGUACUACACUGCUGCCCCCUCUGGAGUUGAUAACAACAACAACAACUACAGCAGCAAUACCAGUCAUCCUGUUUCCAAUGAAUAUGUGAAGAUUCUGGAAAAGAGUCUGAAAGAAAUGAAGGCAGAGAACAGACUGUUGAAGCUGAGCCAAGUGGACAGUUUAGCCCCAGGUGAUCAACAAACUGAGAUGAAGGAUGAAGGUAUGGGGAUAGAGUUGUCGAAUGAUGCUGUGACCUGUGCUGAUGUCAUCUCGCUAAGUCUAACUGUUGGAAAUUUAAAAAAAGAGAAGGCAAAACUGAUGAAAGAAAAUCAGAGACUCAGUCACCAUAUUUCUGAAAUCCAGGGCCAACUAACGAGCUGGGAACGGCCCAGAAGGGAUAAAGGCAGCAGUGGUGGAUAUUAUAGCAAUCCAACAAGAAAUGCUGCACAGAUCAACCCCAUUAUCUAUAAUAAUAAUAACAACAACAACAACUUUAGCCACGGUAAUGAUAUGGAUGAAAGCCACAACGUAUACCCACUGGUUAGAAAUUUGAAGGAUCAGCUCAGUGUGGCCCUCGGCCAGGUUUCUAAAUUGACCGAUGACCGACGCCGAUUGAUUGACUUCAGCAAUCAACUCCGCUCAAAACUGAAUAAAGUUGUGUUGACCAGUGACACCAACGAUGCCAAUAGCAAAGGGGUCAGCUCAGCUCCUUGUGGUGGUCAGGAUACCGUGAGGACCCAAACUUCGGAGUUGGAGAACCUCCAGUACCAACUCACUAAACUGGAACUCCAAUAUGCACAGAAGUACAACUAUACCAAGGAAUCGGACCAAGGGCGACAAACUCAGCCUGAAGCUUUCUGCAAGCCUCAAGUGUCUGAUAGAGCAGUCGAUGGUGGAACCCCCAGGCAGGCUGGUAACCGAAUCCAGCUGCCGAUAGAAUCUUCUCUUGAGGAUCAUGAGUCACUGUACAGCGUGUGGAAAUUACUGGAAGACAAGUCCACCAUCAGCAGUGCAAACCCACCUUCUCCGUCAUCACCACCACCACCACCACCAUCUCCAGAUCAUAACACUGAGCUACGUCCAAUCCAAACCCAGAUGACCCUGGUGAAACGUCCCACACCAGAUCGACCGGUCAAAGGUAAAAGCACAUCAAAGAAAGUGUCUAGGGGUUCCAAAGUCAGGAACUACAACAUCAAAGAUGAUACCAAACACCCAUGAAUGGCCAUCACCUCUCAAUGGUCACCAUUUUUCAGUAGUCAGCACUUCUUGAAUGGCCAGCACUCUUUGAAUGGACACCACCCCUCGAAAGCCAACAUCCCUCCAUGACCAACACCCCUCAAUGACCACUACCCCUCAAUGGCAACUACCCCUCAAUCGGUACCUCCACUCAAUGGCCACCACCCCUCAAUAGCUAGCACCCUUCAACGGACAGUACCUGUGAAUGGCCACCAAAACUCCAAUGAUCACACCCCCCCACCUCGGUGGCCACUACCCUUCAAUGGCCACCACUUCCCAAUUGGCAGCACUCCUUCAACAGCCAGCUCCCUUCAGUAGUCAACACCCCUCAAUGACCAGCACUUCUUGAUGGCCAGCACCCCUCAAUGGCCAGCACCCGUCAGUGGCCACCACCUCUCAAUGGGUGCACCUUCUGUUGAAUGUGUUACAUCAUAGUUUUCCAGUUCAAGCUUAUGUCUUGGAAAAGCUCAACCAAUUGGAACAACAUGUGUUAUUUAAACUUCUUAAAAAUGUCAGCAUAUUUAAGGUUGAUCAACUCCUGGGACCUUUACAGGGUCUCUGAAACUGACAGGGAGAGAGGAGCAAAGGCAGAAAUGACUACAACAUAUGGAUUUGCCAGAAACCCUAUUUUAAUUUAUGUAAAUCCCAGAAGAGGUCAUUGGGAUUUGCCAGAAACCCUAUUUUAAUUUAUGUAAAUCUCAGUAGAGGUCAUUGGGAUUUGCCAGAAACCCUAUUUUAAUUUAUGUAAAUCCCGGUAGAGGUCAUUGGGAUUUGCCAGAAACCCUAUUUUAAUUUAUGUAAAUCCCGGUAGAGGUCAUUGGGAUUUGCCAGUAACCCUAUUUUAAUUUAUGUAAAUCCCGGUAGAGGUCAUUGGGUUUUGCCAGAAACCCUAUUUUAAUUUAUGUAAAUCCCAGUAGAGGUCAUUGGGUUUUGCCAGAAACCCUAUUUUAAUUUAUGUAAAUCCCGGUAGAGGUCAUUGGGAUUUGCCAGAAACCCUAUUUUAAUUUAUAUAAAUCCCAGUAGAGGUCAUUGGCUGAAAGGUUUCUGCACUUUGAAGCACCUCUCAGGAAUAAAUGGAGAAAAAUAUGAGUUUAAUCCUCAGGAAAUCAAUUUACCUCAUGAGAUAUUAAACUUUGAGCUAAGCCGCUGUCAUACCUGGAUUUUGUGAGUUUUCAAUGGAUAAAGACUCACUUCCACCUGAACACAUUUCUAACAAUCAGUCAGACUACUCAAGAGAGGUUACUGCAAGAAACAAAAGUUAAAAUACGUGGAGUCCUUGUCAGACCUGAGGACUUCACUAAAUGCAGGUUAUUGUAAAAUACAUGCAAUAACUGAAUAGUGACUGUCUCAAAUUGGAUGACAAUCAGUUCUACCCUACAAAAUAAUGGUUGAGAAACAUGCAAUAAAUAUACAAUAACAUCUUGGUUUUUAAUUUGUACCAUUAAUACAUUACUGUGUGCAGGCUAGAGGAGAGUUAAGAGGCUUGCUUAAGAAAUUUAUACACUUCAGUCUUUGCUGGAAACUUUUGAGAUAUCCAUUGGACCAUGUUAGAUUGGCCACAACCAGACCAAAUCAGAAUUGGAGUAACAUGUGGCCAUUAAGCUACAUCUGAUGUUUCACACCUUUAAGAGCUGCGUUUUAGAAAAAGUGGAUCUUGAAUUACAAAAAUUACGUGUUGUUGAUUUUAAAGUAAGCAGACACACAGACAGAUAUAAUGUGUAAAUGUUGACUGGAUAGAUGGACCCAGUGUACAGAUGUUCAGUUGAUAGACAGUGUGCAGAUUUUGGCUUGAUAGAUAGAUAUGAUAUAUGUU